AUGGCACUCCGCAUCAACCUCCCUCCCGUCACUCGGGUCCUGCUUGGAGUUCUUAUUUCCUUAUCCUUCCUCUACAACAUUGCUCGAUGGAGGCUGUCGACAGACAAUGCUGGCCUCGGAGAUGCGACAACGGCAAAUCCCCCCGUACGGCCAGUUGUUCCAUAUCUAGCCCUGGUCCCUUCGCAAUGUAUAUGGUACCCGUGGACCUUUCUCAGCGCAACCUUUGUCGAACAAAAUAUCCUGACGCUCCUCAUCAACGGCAUCAAUAUUUUCUUUGGUGGGAAAUACCUUGAAAGAGCAUGGGGAACGCAGGGUUUUGUCUAUGUCAUUCUGAUUUCGUCUAUAAUACCUAAUCUCCUGAUGGUCCCGACCUACAUCCUCUGGGGCGCUAUUACUGGCAACCCUGAAAGAGCCAUGACUCCCAUAACCGGCGGCAUCGCGACACAAGCAGCAUUCCUGGUUGCCUUCAAGCAGCUCGUCCCCGAACAUACCGUCAGCAUAUACAAGGGCAUGAUCAAGAUGCGGGUCAAGCAUUUCCCAGCAGUUUUCCUCGCACUGAACACCCUGUCCGGUCUAAUCAUCGGAACCGACGUUGGUCUUUUCCUCGCUUGGUACGGGUUGAUCACCACUUGGACUUAUCUUCGCUUCUACAAGCGUCAGCCUGAUAUAUCGGGAACCACAACCGACAGCCCGGGCUUGAAGGGCGAUGCAAGCGAAACUUUUGCCUUUGCGACCUUCUUUCCCAAUGCCAUCCAACCGCCAAUUGCGGCAUUUUGCAACCAGGUUUACAUUCUGCUAUGCAAUCUGAAGAUAUGUGUACCUUUCUCGGACGAAGAAAUUGCGAGCGGAAAUGAACAAGCAGCUGCGCGAGGGGAAGCUGGCCUUCCGAGUUUCAAUAAACACGCACGCGGAACAAGAGGCAUGAGCAAAAGAGAAGAGGCCGAACGACGGCGCGCUCUGGCCCUCAAAGCGUUAGAUGAACGGCUCAAUGCCGCAGCCAGUCGAGCCCCCGUACAGCCAACCACGACGAGUGCGCCAGACCUGCCAAAAGGACAGGAGAUGCUCGGACAAACCGACUAUCGCCCGGAUGAAUGA